AAGACCACACUUUAUAGUUUAUACAUUUAAUUAACUCUAGGUUCAAGCUCAUGUCCGAAACUUCUUCUUUGCUAUUACCCAAAACAAACUCUCCAGCUUCAUCAGAAACCAUGGCAAACAAAUCCCUCACAGGCCUAGAGAGUCUUAUAAAGCUUCUCCCAACGGGAACACUCUUCAUCUACCUUUUACUUAACCCUAUCCUCACUAACGACGGUGAAUGCUCCACAGGUAAUAAGGUCAUGUCGAGCAUUCUUGUCGCGCUUUGCAGCUUCUCCUGUGUGUUUUCAUGCUUUACCGAUAGUUUCAAAGGCGUCGACGGAUCAAGAAAGUUCGGUAUUGUCACCAAGAAGGGUCUUUGGACUUACGCGGAGCCAGGAUCCGUGGAUUUGUCCAAGUACAAGCUCAGGAUCGCGGAUUUCGUUCAUGCUGGUUUCGUGCUAGCUGUGUUUGGUGCACUGGUGUUGCUUGACGCUAAUACCGCGAGCUGCUUUUAUCCUCGGUUCAGGGAAACGCAAAAGACACUAGUCAUGGCUUUGCCUCCAGCCGUGGGUGUUGCCUCAGCCGCUAUCUUUGCUUUGUUUCCAAGCAAACGGAGUGGAAUCGGGUACGCACCAAUUGCUGAGGAGGUAACUGCUGAAGAGGAGACCAAGAAAGGCUCUGUCUCUGCCUAAGAUUGGUUACCUCAGUUGUUUCUAAAUUAUUUGUCAAGAUUUGUUGUAGAUUGUUUACUUAAACAUUUAUUUAGUUCGUUGUAACCAUAGCGAUCAAUAUGUAGACUAAAUGUUGUAUUGUAUCUUAAUAUGAUUGGAAUAAACGUUAUCAUAUAAA